AUGGCUGGAAAUUCCUGGACAAUAGUUUUUCGAGGAUUGAAGGCCAUGUGUGUGGAUCCUCGUUCGUGCGCCGAAGAUAGAAACGAAUCUGCUCGUGAAAAAUGUGCUCUGGAAUUGGUAAACAUUUUAUCUGUAGCGAAAGAAAUCGGAUAUAGAUACCCGUAUCGUAAUGAUUAUAUUAUCACUUCUUCGUUUUUUCUUACUAACUGUUCGAAGGAUAGGGAACAGGGAGGAAGGGAGAAUUUGGCAGAAAACGGGAUAAAAUUGCACUCGAUGGUGAAGCUGAGUGAAAUGGUGAGCAUAUUGAAGAAGAAGGGUAAAGUUUCAACGGAAACCGAGAAAAUGGUUACGAAAUUCUUGGAGGAGAAUCAAAAGAUUCCUGUACCGGUCAUGAGAGCAACACCUAAGAAGGCUCGAUUUAGACUCCCCUACGAAGAGAGGGCAAAUAUGGCAAAGAAUCCAACAGGAAAGAAAUUGUUUGAGAUAAUGGCGCAAAAGCAGACUAAUUUGUGCGUCGCUGCUGACGUGGCGACUGUCGCUGAGCUGCUCGACAUAGCUGACAAGGUUGGACCCGAGAUCUGCAUGUUAAAAACCCAUGUGGAUAUAUUGACUGAUUUCACCCCUGAUUUUGGAUCCAAACUUCGCUCGAUUGCAGAGAAACACAAUUUCUUGAUUUUCGAAGACCGCAAAUUUGCCGACAUUGGUAAUACAGUCACCAUGCAGUAUGAAGGAGGGAUCUACCAUAUAUUGGAAUGGGCAGAUAUAACAAACGCUCAUAUAAUUUCUGGUCCGGGAAUAGUGGACGGGCUAAAACUCAAGGGUUUGCCUCAGGGCAGAGGUUUGUUUCUGCUCGCUGAAAUGAGUUCGUCUGGUAGUUUUGCUAAGGGUGACUACACAGCUGCAGCUGUGAAAAUUGCUGAAGAAAAUUCGGAUUUUGUUAUCGGCUUUAUAUCUGUUAAUCCUGCUUCGUGGCCUGGUGGAAGGAUAAAUCCGUCAUUUAUUCAUGCAACCCCUGGUGUUCAAAUGGUGAUAGGCGGAGAUGCAUUGGGCCAACAAUAUAACACUCCGAAUUCUGUAAUAUCAGACAGAGGUAGUGACAUCAUCAUAGUCGGGCGUGGAAUUAUUAAGGCAGCAAGCCCUGCAGAGGCAGCUCGGCAUUAUCGGCUUCAAGGAUGGGACGCGUAUUUGGACAGCUGCAAGUAG